AUUCUCGUUCGCGUCUCUCUCUCCCGAAGAAGACAAACACAUCUGUGAUAGGAAGUGGGAGUAGACAGAAGGCAAUUGAGGGCGUCGAUAAUCAAAGGGUGAGCUUCGGGGAGUGUGUGGGUCUGCAUCUUCCAUUGAUUCCAGGUCGAUGGUUCAAUUGAUGAAAGUAACAGCUGUCGAGAAGAGAAGCGGAAGCACUAAUGGGGACUAUGAACGACGAUUGGCAGAAACGAUAAAAGGGCCAACGAUUGAGCAAGGUGAUAACAAGGCCGACGAUAGACGAUCGACAAAGUGAGUAAUGAUGACUAUUGAAGAAAGCUGUCGGUGACCAAGACAUUCUUUCCGACUUCAUCGUCCCAUCCAAUGUGACAAACCUAGAUGCCUCCUUCUUCACCUUCAUCGUGUUCCACCCUCUUGUUCAAGGCUCCAACCUCACAACAUUUAGCUCAAUCAAUGCCACUGAGGUAGGGUUCCCUGCAAUCAAUGGCUUGUGAGGAAGAGAUAAAGGGGUAUAUUAAUAUAUUCUUGUAAAGGGUCUGAGUUCCAUCCAAAGGAGCACAACUUGUAGUUAGAUUGGAAUAAGAUAAAACCUAGACACUAGGUCUCAAAGGGUAGCCACCUUUGAGCUGAGACGUAAAGCAAUAAGCCAAACUCGGUGAACAAAACAUCCUUUGUACAUGUCUCUCUCUCUCUCUACUCGUCCCUAUUUUGUGUGUAAUUCUCAACAUGAGCAAUCUCUUGAAGGUUGAAGAUGACUCG